CAUAUACUGCAUACCACAAACCACACACAGCUUCCAUCACUAGCUCCACCAUGUCCGCUUUGGAAAACAUCCCCCCUUUAUACGUCCCAAAGAAGCGCCCAGCCAAGGACAUGGAAAAGCUCCAGGAUGAGAUGGACAAGGCCAGUAAUGAACAGACACAGGCCCGGAAGAAACUAAAGGCUCAUGGAAGUUUUGAUGCCGAGUUUUGGAGUGCUGCUGUGAAUGUAGAGUCAGCUUGUCUAACGAAGUCAAGGAUCGCAUCGGAUAUCUCAUUGUCAGAAUUCGAAGGGAGACAGGCGGACUGGGAGAAGACGGAAGAAGCACGGAGACUGUUUGCACAAAUACGGGCGCAGAUGCACCGGGUAGCUUCGUUUUCUCACCAGAGAGAUUCUCUCUCUCUUUGCAAGUCCAAGGGAGGGCUGAUAACGUCUUUCAUGAAGCUCUUCACCUCCAGCCCGUUGGGGCUGAAUAUCAGGACAGGGGCCGGGCCCCGAGACUCCAAAACGCAGUCGAGCUUCAGGGCACAACUUCUCAAGGACUAUGACAGUCUGGAUGAGCAGGGAAAUGCCUGGUGCCCCAUUCUGGGGUGUUAUUUGGAUCCGGACAAUGUCACUGCAUCACACCUCUUUGCAUACAAACAUGGACAAGCGUCCAUGGAUGCCAUCUUUGGCAAAAUCUGUCCGCCGGAACUCUUUUCCUCGCGCAAUGGAUUGAUAAUGUCGGCUGCUGUCGAGAAGGUUUUUGAUAUCGGGGUACUUGUGAUCGUCCCUGAUAUUCCUGACCGUCCGACUAAACAGGUGCUUUGCGGUUGGGUAAAUGAUGAAGUGCGGGAGUUCAAAAUCCGCAUCAUCGACACAACAUGGUCAAAGCUUGACCACUUCGUCGUAGGGACGACGAGGUGGAGAGACAUGGAUGGAAAGAAGCUGGAGUUCAGAGGGAACUACCGCCCAGCAGCCCGAUACCUGUACUUCCACUACUGCGUUCAGAUACUGCGAAGGGCCUGGAGGGCCGGACCUGGUCAGCAAGCGGUGUUUUCUCUCCAGGAUGAGCUAGGGAAACUAUUCUGGGGCACCCCCGGAAAGUAUGUGGCAAGAAAUAUGCUCAAAGCAUUUAUUCAAGAGCUUGGGCAUGAAGCGGAUGAUCUUCUUAUUGGGGCGAGGGGCAGUGGGGGGGAUGACAAGGUCCUUUUGAAUAUAGCAGCAACUCAGAUUGCAGAGCAGAGUGUCGAAGAGGAGGAUGGCGAAGAUGAACACGACGAGGACGAGGAGGAGGACGAGGAUGAGGAUGAGGAUUGA